AAGCAACAGCAAGCUGCAAGCUCUCCAGUGCAGUUCCGAACGGGGCCUUUUUUUCCAGCGCCGGCUUCACUGGAGCGGCCGGCCAAUCAGAGCGCCAUACCGCCUGAGCCGCGAGACCGCCAAACUCUUUCAGCCUUGCUGCAGCCUACCUACCUAGAUCGCAAAGCAACUGUCGCGACAUACAUCAUCCACCCUCAACCCAUCCUCCCCCGCCCGAAAUUGCCCAUCAUGUCGACCGAUCCCAAGAUCCAGGAGCUCCUCACCAAGUCCCGCAACGAGCUCACCGAGUACGAGAUCGCACAGCUUGAGGAGCACGAGUUCAGCGCCGGGCCUCUCUCGAUCCUCCAGACCGCCGUGCGCAGCCACACCCAGGUCCUCAUCUCCAUCCGCAACAACCGCAAGCUUCUUGCCCGCGUCAAGGCCUUCGACAGGCAUUGCAACAUGGUCCUCGAGAACGUAAAGGAAAUGUGGACAGAGACGCCACGCCUGGCCAACGGCAAGAAGGGCCGUCCCGUCAACAAGGACCGCUUCAUCAGCAAGAUGUUCCUCCGCGGUGACAGCGUCAUUCUGGUUCUCUUGAGCUGAAGGGAUGUAACGGACACGAACGGGAGGGAGUUGGGAGCGCUAGUCUUGGUACGGCCCGCCGCAAUGUCAUUGACGAAAGCGUCCAGAAUACGACACGUUAUGUCGGGAAAGGAGCGAAAACACAGCGUUCAUGCAACCGACCGUGCCAAAAGGAGUAUCGAGCGAAAGGAAACGAAAUGUCGACGGGUGCUAUUGUAGAAGGGGCAAAAGUCGCCUGACGGAAAGCAGCGUACAAACCCAACCUGGGAGGAAAGACUGCAUGACAAAAAAUACCCACGGUAGAGUGGUUUCUGUUUCACACAAAAAAACGGGACGAGAUAGGCGUUGAAGACAAUCUGGAUUC